AUGAGCGGCAGCACCCAAGAUAUACAACCGUUCUGCGUGGCUGCCCAGCAGCUCGACUUCACAACAUGGUACAUCUGGCAAGACGCCGUGAAAGCCGUUUUGAAUCUCAUCGUGCCUAUCGGCAUCUGCUACAUGUUUGCGCGGCGACUCUUCUGGGUGCACAAUGUUUUUCAUAGUUGCUGCAAAUUUUCCAUGUCUUCCACCCUCUUGCUUUUACUAAUUGAGCGCGGCCUAUCCUUACACCCCAAGGCUUCGGAGAAAUUCUGUCGCUUUGUGACGCACGGCUUCAUCUUUUUAGAGCUCUGCGUGUUUAUGUAUAUCACCUUAGAAUACUACGCACUGGAUGAAAAUAUUGUGGUAUUUGUGCUGCAUUGCCAGGAAGAGACCAUGGUAAGCGAUCUGCCGAUU